UCCGCGGCGCCGGUGCGGGUGCGGGUGCGGGGCUGAGGCGGCGGCCGCGUCCCGCAGGGCCAUGGCGUACGACGAGCGGCUGGCCCGCUUCCGCCAGGCGCACCUCAACCCCUUCGACAAAGCCUCCGAGCCGCCGCCGCCGCGGCCCGACGGGGGGGACCCGGACCCAGGCCAGCGGCUGGACCCGUCUUCGGGGGACCCUGAGAGCGCGUUGGACCUGGGCCUGGCCGAGGAUCACUUCUCCCGCCCCGUGGGCCUGAUCCUGGCGUCGGACGUGCAUCAGCUGCGCCAGGCCAUCGAGGAGUGCAAGCGGGUGAUCCUGGCGCUGCCGGAGCACUCGGAGCAGCAGAAGGACGCGGUGGUGCGGCUCAUCCACCUCCGCCUCAAGCUGCAGGAGCUGAAGGACCCCGGCGAGGAUGAGCCCAACAUCCGGGUGGUGCUGGAGCAUCGCUUCUACAAGGAGAAGAGCAAGAGCGUGAAGCAGAUGUGUGACAAGUGCAGCACCAUCAUCUGGGGCCUCAUCCAGACCUGGUACACCUGCACAGGCUGCUACUACCGGUGCCACAGCAAGUGCCUGCCCCUGGUGAGCAAGCCCUGUGUGCGGGCCAAGGUCAGCCAUCAGGCCGAGUACCAGCUCAGCAUCUGCCCCGAGAGCGGGCUGGACAGCCAGGACUACCGCUGCGCCGAGUGCCGGGCCCCCGUCUCCUUGCGGGGGGUGCCCAGCGAGGCCCGGCAGUGCGACUACACGGGCCUCUACUACUGCAGCAGCUGCCACUGGAAUGACCUGGCCGUUGUGCCCGCCCGUGCCAUCCACAACUGGGACUUCGAGCCCCGCAAGGUGUCGCGCUGCAGCAUGCGGUACCUGGCGCUGAUGGUGUCCCGGCCUGUGCUGAAGCUGCGGGAGAUCAACCCACUGCUCUUCAACUACGUGGAGGAGCUGGUGGAGAUCCGGAAGCUGCGCCAGGACAUCCUGCUCAUGAAGCCCUACUUCAUCACCUGCAAGGAGGCGAUGGAGGCACGACUGCUGCUGCAGCUUCAGGACCGGCAGCACUUUGUGGAGAACGAUGAGAUGUACUCGCUGCAGGACCUGAUCGAUAUCGAGGCCGGUCGCCUGAGCUGCUCCCUCACUGAGAUACACACCCUCUUUGCCAAGCACAUCAAGCUGGACUGCGAGCGCUGCCAGGCCAAAGGGUUCGUGUGUGAGCUCUGCAAGGAGGGCGACGUCCUCUUCCCCUUCGACAGCCACACCUCGGUCUGCACUGACUGCUCCGCCGUCUUCCACAGGGACUGCUACUACGACAACUCCACCACCUGCCCCAAGUGCGCGCGGCUGAGCCUGCGCAAGCAGUCCCUCUUCCAGGACUCCACCAUGGAGGCAGAGCCCUGAUGGGGGGAGCCAGGCCCCACGGCCACCCCAUGGCACCCUGGCACAGACAUAGCCCCCCCCCCCUUCCCC